GCCCGCGCAGCUCGCGUGGCCCUCUCGCUUGAGUCACGCGCGCCUCAUAAUGCUUGCAUAAUAAUAAUGACGGAUGCCGAUCGCGCGGCGGCUCCUUUGAUCUCCGGCGCCUUUGAUGUUGCCGCCGGAGCCGGUCCCGCUGCCCCUGCCUCACAAACGAGCCGCCUGCUUACCUUUAUUCGGUCCGACGCCGCGUAGCGAGUCGUUCGGCCCUUCGCCCUCAUUCUAAAUAGAGGCUUUAUUUUGUAAACAGCGGGAGCGCUACUGUGCGUUGUGCGGGUGUUGUGGGGCUGUGCGUUGAGUCAGUGGCGUUUGCGUCGUGAGCAGUAUGGGGUGUGCUGGCUGCCCCUCGGCCCGCAGUCUCCGUGAUGAGUGAACCCUGGCGCGGCAGCCUGCGCCGCCAUCGCACCUGGAACUUCAUCACCUGCACCAUUUGUGUUCUGUUGGGCGCCGCGAGUGAUGGUGCGGCCCCGAGCGAGGGCGCGGGGGGUGCGGGGGGCGCCCCGGACAGCCUGCAGCUGCAGUGGCUCUCCAACACCUCCAUCACUUGUAAUGAUGGCUCUCCGGCUGGAUACUACAUUCGUCGCGGCACGAACAGCUCGCACUGGGUGGUGUACCUGGAGGGCGGCGGGUACUGCUGGGACGCGCGGUCGUGCGCGGCGCGCUGGCGGCGGCGGCCCGGCCUCAUGUCGUCCCGGCGCUGGCCGCGUGCGCGCCGCGCCCCCGCGCUGCUGUCCGCCGACCCCGCUGCCAACCCGCUGUGGCACGCCUCCAGCCACGUGCUGCUGCCCUACUGCUCCAGUGACCUGUGGGCCGGCACGCGCCUCGCCGCGCCCGGCCGCGCCUUCGCCUUCACCGGGCGCCUCAUCGUGCGCGCCGUGCUGGGCGAGCUGCUGCGCGGCGGGCUGGCGGGCCGCCUGCUGCUGGCCGGCUCCAGCGCGGGCGGCGCGGGCGCCAUGCUGCACGCCGACCACGCGCGCCGCCUGCUGCGCGCCCGCGGCGUGCGCGUAGCCGCGCUGGCCGACUCCGGCUGGUUCCUGGACCGGCCGCACGCGCGCCACGCCGCCUCCACCGACACCGUGGCGCGGCUCGGCCACGCGCUGUGGCGCGGCGCCCCGCCCGCCGCCUGCGCGCGCGCGCACCGCGACCGGCCCUGGCUGUGCUACUUCGGCUACCGGCUGUACCCGCACAUCCGCACGCCGCUGUUCGUGUUCCAGUACCUGUUCGACUCGGCGCAGCUGGCGGCGGAGGGCGUGCGCGCGCCGCGGACCCGCGCGCAGUGGGACGCGGUGCACGGCGCGGGGGCGGCCCUGCGCGCCAGCCUGCGCGGCGUGCGCGCCACGUUCGCGCCGGCGUGCCUGGCGCACGGCGCGCUGGCGCGGCCGGAGUGGACCGGCAUCACGGUGUCGGGCGUGUCGCUGCCACGCGCGCUGGCGUGCUGGGAGCGGCGGCUGGGCGGCGGCGGGCGGCGGCGCGGGGCGCGGGGCGGGUGCGCGCCGCGGCGGCUGGUGGAGCGCUGCUCGUGGCCGCAGUGCAACGGCUCGUGCCCGCGGCUGCGCGACCCGCGCACGGGCGAGGAGGUGGCGCUGUCGGCGCUGCUGCAGAGCUUCGGGCUGGACGUGCGCGGCGCGGCGGCGGCGCUGGGGCUGGACGCGCGCGCACUGUCCCGCAUGUCGCGCGCCGAGCUGCUGCCGCUGCUGGCGCCGCACUCCUGACCUCCAUGCUACAC